UUUGAUCUCAGUAUAAAGAGAAUGUUUGUGUUCAAGAAGUAAACAUCAAACAAUUUCCAUACUCUUUAUUGUGAACAAUUUCAGUCUUCAUUACGAAGUGCUAAUGAUACAUUAUGAUUGUUCUAAUCGUUUUGGCAUAUUCUCUUUCAUUUUGUUCAGCUUCAAGAUGUGGACAACGAGAAUCAGCUAAUCCAAGAAUCGUAAAUGGUUUCAUUGUGGAACCAAAAAAGUUCCCAUUUGUUGUGGCCAUAUACAUAAAUCAUGGUAGCUAUGUCUGUGUUGGAACACUUAUAACACCAAAAUUUCUUGUGACAGCCGGACAUUGCUUCGAUGAAGGUUUAACUUACAAUAUUGUGGCUGGUACAACUGAUUUACGGAAAGUUGAAGAUAAAUAUAGAAGGAUGAUCAAGACUGUCACCAAACAUCCAGAGUACGAGUAUAGCUAUACCGGUAUCAAAUAUGACGUGGCAGUUGCCGAACUGGAUGAGGAACUGUCAUUAGUACCAGAAAAAAUCAUGUAUGCCAGUCUGCCACCCUUCUCAUCGGUGAUUCCUGAAGAGUUUGGAACCGUAUUGGGUUGGGGAGAUACACAUGACGAAAACAUUCCUUCUGAAACCGUUCUGUUGGGAGUGAAUCUGAUCAUUGAUAUUGAUUGCGAUGCUUCGGAUGAAUUCUUCUGUCUGGGACACCCUGAUGGUGAUAAAGAUUCUUGCUACGGUGAUUCUGGAGGACCCUUUAUAAUCAAUGGUACUCUGUAUGGUGUUGUUUCGCAUAGUACGAGUGCGGAUUGUGGUACAGGCAUUCCAGGACGAUAUACGAAAAUUCCAUAUGUAGUUAUGUGGAUUAGAGAAAUAGCUGGACUGCCUAGGAGACUGUCAACUUCAUGCUGUCAACAUAAAGCUCACAGAAAAUGCUGCUGAGAAAUGUAUUCAGACCGAAUUUUCCUGGUUUAUGAAUUAUACACUUGUAAGGAAACAGUGAUCUUAAUCCUGGAAUAAAUUAGUUGAAUUUGC